AUGAGCGAAAAGAAGAGAAAGAGACACGCCGAAAACGGCGAACGGCCCAAGAAGAAGGCCGUCAUCGCGCCCCAGGGCAAUGUCCGCGUCGACAUGGUAGAGAGCAAAGAAACGUUGGGCCCAUUGCUCGCUGUCACUCCUGGUCUUGCCGUUCCCCCCAAAAUCUCAUUCACUCCAUACAAGCGUACAAAGGUCCUCCCACAAGGCGAAAGUACCGAACUGCUCUUCCAGUCUUCUGAUCAUCCCCGCCUCGACUACAUCGCACAGGAAGAACGCGAUGGCAGCUCCGAGAGCCAGCUGCAAGACUAUGUUGGUGUAUACGACCCGGCGACGAGCAAACUGCAGAUUGUCCCCGUCAAGAGAGUUGUUGUCCGAAGCACACUGCGAAGCGAAGUCGAAGAGAUGCGCCAAGAGCAGGAAGCGCUCGAGGCCCAGAAUAACACAAUCAUGGCAAAGAGAGCUGCGCUUGCAGCUGAGUUCGGAUCUAAGAAGUCAAGAAAGGCCCUCGAGGAUCGCACACUGAACGCCAUUAAGAGUGGCGCCGGAGCUGAUGACGUUGCCGAGAACGUUUUGAAGCAAAUGUCCUCCUCCACCAGUGUUAUGCCCACCAGCCAAGACCUUGCGGCAGCUGUCGACAGCUCAAAACCACGACCAAUUCCAAAUCUCGCAGCCGAAUACCCUGGCGAUGUCUACCCGAUCAGUACCGUUGUUGGCAGCGAGCUAAUGACUAUGCUCGACGUAAAGGACUGGGUGCAGGCAUCUGCAGCUGGUCAAGGUGUCGAAGUCACUAGCAAGUACGUCGCAAGACGCAUCGUCAAGCUCGCCAAGAACAAGCAAAUCCAAAAAUUAAAGGUCUUGCGGUUUAUUUUGCUUUGCAUAAACUUCAACGCAGCCUUGAUUGGCGCAGGCGGUGCUCGGCCGAAGAAGAUACCCAUCAAGGGCAAGCUUGAAGCAGCCAUGGGUGAGGAUGCGCCAGCCGGAUGUGUUUUAGCCAUCAGACGGAAGUUUACCCCGGAGGGGAGCUCCGAAAUGCCUCGCUGGAACGUCGAUAAUCUCAUGACCCACAUUGCAGCCGCAGCCCUCAUUGUCGAUGACCAAGCAGUCGACGUCAAUGAUCUCCGCGAAGACCUCAAACUCGAGAACAAGGAAAUCAAGCAAUAUUUUGCUGAACUAGGCUGCAAACUCUCGCCCCCUACACAGGCUGAUCUCACAAAUCUGAAGCUCACAAAGGCUGAGGCUGCCAAUCAUUUCGUUGCAAAACUUAAAUUGCCAUUGACGUUUCCAAAAGUUGGGGGCAGAUUUAGGAGCAAAUAG